AACGUUCCGCUCAGAAUGCGGCCUACCUGUCUGGCAGCUCUGCUAGUGGUGUGGUGCGCCAUCGCCGCCAUACCCACGACGCUCGCCGAUCAGGCCGAGCAGCGUAACUUCGAGCCCAGCAGUGAUCCUGCACUGUUCUCGCUUGAACGUGGUGCGGGCACCGAUGGUCACCUGUACACGUUCGACAAUCUGUCGGUCGCGCAGGAUCCACGCGCGUACCGGCCAGAUGUUGGGGCGCUCGAUUUCGUCUAUCACAACCACGACGAGAUGACGCGCUAUCUGCGUGCGACGACUGCGCGCUACCCGAACCUAACCGCACUGUACUCGAUCGGCAAGUCGGCCCAGGGCCGCGAUCUGUGGGUGCUGGUCGUGUCGGCCUCCCCGUACGAGCAUAUGCUCGGUAAACCGGACGUCAAGUACAUUGGCAACAUACACGGCAAUGAGGCGGUUGGGCGCGAACUACUGCUACAUCUAAUCCAAUAUCUGGUGUCGAGCUAUGGGUCCGAUCCGUACAUUAAGUGGCUGCUGGACAAUACGCGCAUCCACAUACUGCCCUCGCUGAAUCCGGACGGGUACGCUGCGUCGAAGGAGGGCACAUGCGACGGCGGCCAGGGAAGGUACAAUUCGCGCGGGUUCGACCUGAACCGCAACUUUCCGGACUACUUCAAGCAGAACAAUAAGCGUUCGCAGCCAGAAACGGAGGCAGUCAAGGAUUGGAUCUCGAAGAUACAGUUCGUGUUGAGUGGUUCGCUGCACGGCGGGGCACUUGUUGUCAGCUACCCGUACGACAACACGCCCAAUGCCAAAAUCUGUCGAUCUUCGUCUACAUGCGCCGUCUUCCACAGCUACCUGUCGCAACCGUCGUUGACACCGGACGACGACGUGUUCAAGCAUCUGUCGCUGACGUACGCGAACAAUCAUGGUAAGAUGUCGCGCGGCGUUGCCUGCAAAACGGCAUCGCCCUCGUUCGAGAACGGCAUCACGAACGGUGCGGCCUGGUACCCGCUGACCGGUGGCAUGCAGGACUUCAACUACGUCUGGCACGGCUGCAUGGAGGUAACGCUCGAGGUGUCCUGCUGCAAGUUUCCACCGGCGUACGAGCUGCGCAAGUACUGGGACGACAAUCAGAUGUCACUGAUCAAGUUCCUGGCCGAGGCGCACCGAGGCGUGCAGGGCUUCAUCAUGGACCCGACCGGCAAUCCGGUCGAGCGGGCACAGCUCAAAAUUAAGGGACGCGACAUUGGCUUCACCACCACCAAGUAUGGUGAGUUCUGGCGCAUUUUGCUACCGGGCGUGUAUAAGCUGGAGGUGUACGCGGACGGAUACGUGCCGAAGGAUGUCGACUUCAUGAUCGUGGAGCAGCAUCCAACGUUGCUGAACGUAACACUACAACCGUCAAAGCGCAAUGACGGGUCGCAACACUAUCGACCGGCUGCUUCGACCCAGUACCGGCCCCAACAGCUACCACCGACGGCAGCGCAAGGUUCCGGUACGGACGAGGGCAUCCUGUCCACGCUGAGUAGUGGCUUCAACAGUUUAGUCAAUAACAUCUUCGGCUAA